AUGGGACACGAAAUCUAUUCGCCGGCACGUGAUAUGGGCCACUUUCUGGUCCACUCUAAGAAUUGUGGAGCUGCCGCGGUCUUAGUAGGGCAUGAAAUUUUGCUCACGCACGACGUCCCCUCUUAUGCCCUCAAGUCAAGCAAACCGACGCCACGCCUAGAUUCUUGUCACAAAUCGUGA